AUGAAUAGUGUCAAGCCGAAACUCCGAUGGGAGGAAAUUGUCCAGUUCGUUCCUAGAACGAAUUCCGGUCCUCCAUACAAACAACCUAACUUCAUGACAAAGCACUCGUGGAAUGACAGUAGCACCUUACUAGUGAUUCCAAAAAAGAAACCACAGUUCCAGUUCGAUCCCACCAAGUACUUUGAGCUCCCGCGCCCAAUGUACAAAUCUCCAGUCAUUGUAUACAGCACCCCGCCCGAUGAUCUACCUCCAAGACCCAGAGGUCGCUCUGCCACCCAGGGCAACGGUGUUCUUAAUCUAGACAUGCCGCAAACAACACGUCCUGAAGCGCAUGAUGUAGUUCCGGCUGUAUCUUCGAGUAUUUUACCUGAUCACAGCAGAAACACCACCGAGAGUGGUUCGAAGCCCGUCGAAAAAGAUAACUCUCCCUCAACCGUUAUUCACAGCCCACAUCUCAAGAUUUGUGAGGACGAUACAUUCAGUGCAGCUCUAGCUGAAGAGACGGUGCUCACGAGCAGUGACGAAUCUUUAAACAACAACAAACACGUAGCAAUCGUAACCUAUGCCGAUCAAAAAAGCGAUGUACUUAUUCACGAGAUGGAAGAGCGUGUACAGGACUCUAAGUUGCCGGUGCUGUUGGAACGUGGUCUUUUGGAGAGUCAGUCCUCAAGCGUUGGCGCUGAAAUACCUUCCGAGUCGUCGUCAUCCACCCAGCUCCCUCUGGAGAUAGUUGAUCUGGAUGUAGAGAAAGACAUCAAAGAGGUACACCCAAAGGACGAGGAAAAGGAUAAGAAUAUCCAUAUGUCGGCAGACAGUACCAGCCUCGGGCCAGUUUCUUCUCCAGACAUCACCCCAAAGUCAACAUUUUAUUGGGCGGACGAUGUCAUCGACGAAGAAGAAGCCCAACCCACCGAAACAUUCACAUGGAUGGAGCAGGUGACCAGGUACACUAGGCAUAUCACCCCAAAGAGUGAUUUAUCAGAUGUGAAGGGGCCUCAAAUCGCCGAGGUCAUUACCCCUGCCCAUGGUUACUUUACCGGACGCCGAAGGGCAUUAGUCCUGACCACUGUAGGGAUUGGAGCCGAUAUCUUUACCAGCUGGGACAACACUAUCAUGAGGACGAGAAAAAAGAAGCUCUCGGUCAUUCUCGAGGAACCGGUUUCUGGACUUAAAGGUUUCUUCUCGAACCGUGAGGAAUUUCUUGACAACUGUUCAAUGCUUGCGGAGGUAAAACGGAGAGAGGUUAUUUAUGAGAAUAAGGAGGAUAAGGUUGGGAAGGCUGAUGCUGAUGCACGAUCACUUUGUUCAGGUAUAGGUGUUCAUGACCUCCUAACACAACGUGUCUACAUCCAGGUAGAGGAAACAUCUUCGGAUGAGGGUGUCAGCUCUGCCGCAUUCAUCACCGGUGGGGCGGGUGCAAAAAACGAUAUAUUACCACAAACUGCCACCCCAGACAUCGCGGCAGAAACGGAGAACGCCGCCAUCAACGAAUACAUUGUUACCGGAGAGGACACACCAAAGAACUGCGAGGUAUCAAAGACUGCAGUAGUCAACCGCGAGUGGUCAUUGGUCUUUCUUUUGUUAUUGAUCACACUCGGGCUUUUUCAGAUUAUGCCAUAA